ACUGCCUUUGCUCGUCAACGCAGGCGGGUCCAGCGCCGUGGAGGCGGUCUUUUAUUGUGAAAGCGAGAAGAGGCCGGCACAAUGCUUAGUCACGUUGUCAACUGAGCCAACAGCUUCCUAGUAAACACAGCAGUGCAAACAAAUUCCUUCGCUGGGAAACCUCAAGGAAGACGUCUCCGGAGAAAGCCACCGAACACCCCCCCUCAUCCCCAAGGGCUCCAAGUUACCCAUAUGACACUUUUGGCACUCAACUUUCUUUUUUUUUUUUUUUUUAGCUUUCAGAGUCGACAACCCUUCCACUGCCUCAUCUAUAGUAUCUGACUUUGCAGCUCUCAGCGGAAGCGUAGUUCUCUGAAGGAAGAUUUAAUUAUUACCUCUUAAAAGUAAGCAGUAAAUCAGACUUCUGUUUCCUCUCUGGAGCAACCAAUAUGCAGGACAGACCUGCCCCAGUGGUGAAUCUGACAAGCAUUUACAUUCAUCUACAAAUAUUUUUAUUUUUUAUCUUGGGGAUAUCUGAUUAAUUUCUUUAUCGAAAACUUUUUAGCAAUUUAAAUAAAUUUGGUGACAAGAAUCCUCAAAAAAACGAUGAUUCCCUAGAGAAGAGACAUAUUGCAAUAGAUAGUUUUUUUUUCAUUGUCAGGAUUGAUUGACAAUUUUCUGUCUACAUCCCCAAGAGUGGACACAAAACGCUGAACUAAGAGAGAUUCCUCUCUUGUACUUGUUCAGUUCGUAUUGUCACAAAAAUACUUAGAACUUGGUUCUGCAAAUUAACCCCCUGACAAAACCCAGAGGAAUCCUGAACACGCAAAGACAUUUUGAUUAUGUUAGAACUACAACAUCUUACAACACACCCAGACUUUACUGAAAGCUCACAAAGGAGUCUCUAGUAAUCCCAUAAUGAGCAAUAUGGCUGGACCCAGGUACUGAACAGGGAAAGGAAAUCCUCAUGUCCACAUAAAUCAGAUUUAAACGUGAACUCUUCCAUACAGAAAACAAUCAGGCAUAUCUAGGAGAGCCUUUCUUUUAUUUUACCCAUGCCUGCAUGUGGUGCAAGGAUGCCCCAUAACAGUGUCCGCUGUUCUUGAGAAAGAGGCUAAGGAGGAGGAGAAAGGGUAGGAAAUGACAGAGUGCCUGACAGAAUGCAAAGCGCUGGUGACUCCGUCCACGCGCAACGGCCACCGCGUCUUCAGCUACACGCUAGAGAGCCACACGGCAGCCGCCUUCGCCAUAAUGAACGAGCUGCGUCUCGAGCGUCAACUGUGCGAUGUCACACUGCGUGUGCGCUACAAAGACCUGGAGGCGGUGGACUUUGUGGCUCACAAGGUGGUGCUGGCCUCCUCAUCCCCGGUCUUCAGGGCCAUGUUCACCAACGGCCUAAAAGAGUGUGGUAUGGAGUUGGUGCCCAUCGAGGGGAUUCACCCCAGGGUUAUGGACAGACUGAUAGAGUUUGCCUACACAGCCAGCAUCUCUGUGGGGGAGAAGUGUGUGAUCCAUGUGAUGAACGGUGCUGUCAUGUACCAGAUAGACAGCGUGGUCAAGGCCUGUUGUGACUUCUUGGUCCAGCAGCUCGACCCCAGCAAUGCCAUUGGCAUCGCCAGCUUUGCUGAGCAGAUUGGUUGCACAGAGCUCCACCAGAAGGCCAGAGAGUACAUCUACAUGAACUUCAGCCAGGUGGCGACCCAGGAGGAGUUCUUCAACUUGUCCCACUGUCAGCUGGUCACCCUCAUCAGCCGCGAUGAGCUUAAUGUGCGCUGCGAGUCCGAAGUCUUCCAGGCGUGUGUGGCCUGGGUGCGCUACGACCGGGAGAACCGGCGACCGUACGUCCAGGCCUUACUCCAGGCUGUCCGCUGCCAUUCCCUCACCCCCAACUUCCUGCAGGCCCAGCUUCAGUCCCUGGACUGGGACCCCCAGUGUAAAGACUACCUGGCCCAGAUCUUCCAGGACCUCACCCUCCACAAGCCCACCAAAGUCAUUUCUUGCCGAACUCCCAAGGUGCCGCAGCUCAUCUACACAGCAGGGGGUUAUUUCCGUCAGUCUCUCAGCUACCUGGAGGCCUAUAAUCCCUGUGCAGGGACCUGGCUGAGGCUAGCUGACCUGCAGGUACCCCGCAGUGGCCUGGCAGCCUGUGUGAUCAGCGGGCUUUUCUACGCUGUUGGUGGAAGAAACAAUGCACCUGAUGGUAACAUGGACUCAAAUGCACUGGACUGCUACAAUCCUAUGAACAACUGCUGGCUGCCGUGUGCACCGAUGAGUGUGCCUAGGAACCGAAUCGGAGUUGGUGUCAUCGAUGGCAUGAUAUAUGCAGUUGGUGGAUCACAUGGUUGCAUUCAUCAUAAUAGUGUGGAAAGGUAUGAUCCAGAGAGGGACCAGUGGCAGCUGGUGGCCCCCAUGCUGACACGGCGUAUCGGUGUGGGUGUGGCGGUCAUCAACCGGCUGCUUUACGCUGUGGGGGGGUUCGACGGGGCCAACCGGCUCAGCUCCUGUGAGUGCUAUAACCCAGAGAGGGAUGAGUGGAAAACCAUGGCCCCCAUGAACACUGUCCGCUCUGGAGCUGGUGUUUGCGCACUGGGAAAUCACAUCUUUGUGAUGGGUGGCUACGAUGGCACAAACCAGCUGAACACAGUGGAGCGCUAUGAUGUGGAAACUGAUACUUGGAGCUUUGCUGCCUCCAUGAGGCACCGACGCAGUGCUCUGGGAGUCACAGCAUUACAUGGACGCAUCUAUGUAUUGGGGGGUUACGAUGGGAACACUUUCCUGGACAGCGUGGAGUGUUACGACCCAGAGAAGGACACCUGGUCAGAGGUGACACACAUGACAUCAGGGCGGAGCGGCGUGGGCGUGGCUGUUACCAUGGAGCCCUGCCAGAAAGAACUGCCCCCAUGUCAAACGUCUGAGAGGGAGAGUGGUGCAGCAUCCCCGGCCUAUCAAUCAGCCAACUGCGGUUUUGGCUCUCACCACAAUCAGAGGCACAGUGGGCCGUUCAGCAAAGGCACCUGAAGCUCAACGCUGUCACACAUGCAAAUAUACAAACGAGCACCCCAAAACUCAACUCUGUCUUUCCAAAUCAAAAAAAGGACCCUCACAACUGAUUACAGACAGAAGUGAGCCGAAACACCACGUGCUGCCUCACUGGUUCUAGAUGUCACAAUUUGAUGUGAAUUUAAAAAAAGAAAAGAAAAAAAAAAAGGCUAUCCCUCAGACAAAUUUCCAAGACCUGAAAUUUGAUUAAUUUGUUGGUGGUGAAUUGUGUUUCGCCAAAUCCGACUUUGACCUCAGUCCAUCUGUGUUCACAUCUGGCAUUUGAAGUCCUCAGUCGGACCAUCAUCUCCCAGCUUUGAGCUAUGGGAGGAAAGGGCUGCAUACUAAAACGGGCCAUUUAUGGGCUCAUAGAGUCAUCAGGGGAAAAAUUGGAAAAGUUUAAUCUGAAGGGAGGGAAAAAAAAUUAAAAUGAUCCCAUUAUGUAAAAAAAAAAAAAAAAAAAAAAUUAAAAAAAGAUUUU